AUGGCGAUGACAGGGACGGUGUGGAGCAGAGCUCUGCGCAGCCGACUGCUCCAGCAAAGACUCACGCGCCGCAGUGCUGGCCAACAAUUUGAAUGGUGGACUGCAUCCGGAAUCCUGCGAUCCUAUACGACACAAACCGACCCUCAAAACGAGCCACAUGUCAACGCUGACCAGAGUCCUACUCUCGAAUCCCUAGCUACGCCGCGAUUGCACAAUUCCUACGACCGGAACGCACCUCGCCGCAAGGUGCCUUCCUCUAAAUUUGGAAGCAGAGAAUAUGAGGAUUUGCUGAUGGAUAUUGCACGACAAUCCUCGCCAGGCGUGAAGCGCAAGCAUGUUACUAUGGAAAUGGAGUGGGUGGAUGACCCGCUUCUACUGGCACAGCGAGUCUCGUCAGCCCUGAAAGGCAACGACCCUGCCAUGGCGGUGGCACUCGCCCGAGAAGCAACAAAGAAGAUUCCAGGGACAAAGUUUGUUGUGGCAUGGAAUCGGAUCUUUGCGUAUUGUUUUGAUAAGGGGCACCCGAAGCCGGCCCUGAAAUUUUUCAACGAUAUGAAAAAGCGCGCCGGAAAACCAAACCCCCAAACAUUCACAAUCUUGCUAAUGGGUCUUCGGAAAUCCACUGGUGUCCCCGGCUUUGACCCAGUACGGACUGCGGAAUCCCUUUAUAACUCAAUCUCAGCCGAGAACUCCGGUGUUGACCUGGACAUAAUUCAUACCAAUGCGAUGUUAUCUGUUUGUCAGUACCACGGUGAUGUGGACUCGCUUUGGCGCAUUGCUGGCAGUCUCCCGGAACAGGGACCGGGAGCACCGAACAUGACAACGUACACGACCAUCCUGGGAACCCUUUUAUUUGCCCAUCGCAAAAAAAUCACGACCAUGGAUGCCAGUCAAAUUGAUCGCAUCUUUGCUCUCAAGGCUCAACUAAUCAACGAUGGUAAAAGGAUAUGGGCCGAUAUUCUAUACCGAUGGAAGAAUGAUGAUCUUCCCCCUGACGCCGCUGUCGUGCAGUCCAUGGCUUCACUGCUGCUGGAUGGCGGCAGUGAUCAUGAUUACUACGAUGUCUUCGCUCUCUAUCAUCAAACCAUGGGGAUUCCUAUUUUGGCAACACAGCCACCAGAAAGCGCAAAAAAUACGCCCACCCCGACAUGGAAGAUGAAACAAACCAGAAACUCCGAGCCUGCUGUGGAAGAGGACGUCCCCUUCGUGGAUGAGAACAACCGGACGUUGAAGUUCAACCAGGACGGACAAAAAGAGGAAGAGCCUUCGUUGGAGGAAGAGGAGGAGAACUUUGACACCCUCUUUGAUUCUCUUCCUACGGGACCUGUUCCAGAACUCCAACCUGGAAACAAAGACCUUACUCUGAUACAGGAGGCGUGCCUCAACAUCACCCAGGGGAGUAAAUCUGGUUAUGAAUACUGGAAUCAUUUGACAUUAGGGCCAACAUCACGCAUUGAGCCUGAUGAAAUCUCUGCCAUGCAGUUUCUGCGCCUCCUCCGCAUAUCCCGAGCAAGCAAAAAGGCCGUGCAAGUCAUCCGGGACCAGGUGGUCCCUUCUGGACACGUAAGUGGAAAGAUCUUCCAUAUUGCUUUAUCCGUCUGUCGUCGCGACAAGCACAAUCAAAUGUGCCUUGUUCAUGCCAAUGAACUCUUGGAUCUGAUGGGUGAAUCUUUAAUUCUCCCUGAUCCCCGAGCGCUGCAGGGAUAUCUUGAAUUGGUCCAAGCAUUAUCACAGAAACCAGAUCUCCUAAUGUACCUCAAAGGCUUGGAAGUCGAAGAAGGGCGCGAGGCCCGUACCUUGCAGGCCCUAGGAAAGAAGUUGCAAGUGAAGCUCAACCUGUUUGCGCUUGCUACUCUCCGACCUCAUUUUGCUCAGCUUCAUCAAGCCAUGGAGCAAGGACGGAAGCCUACGCUAGGCCGUUGGGCCUCGGUUCGCAAUGCGGAGUCUGUCUCGGGGGCUCUGGCUGUUAAGGUCAUGGCCCGUAUCCGUCUGAUGAUUGAUGAGGUCUUGAAGUCCGAAUACUCAUCUUUUGUCUCCAAGACCGACCGCAAGGUUCUUCAAUCAGAGUCCAUCAUGCUGAAGGUGUACUCGGACAUGGCCAUCAUUAAGAAGUUUAGCACGGACUCUGUCUUUCCUACGCAAGAACAACGCAGCGCAUACCGCGCCAAAAGGUCGAAUGCCGAGGCGCUGGGCACAUCUGAGAUGAAUGAACAGAAACCAAAGGAAAAUUUGGAAUCUUCGUCUCGCCAGACAGAAUCCGAGUAA